CAGGAUGGAGGAUUCUUGUGUGGCUUGAGUUCUCAAAAAUUCGUGAAACAGAGCGUGUUGUUCUGAAGCGUUAUAAGUAACAGCAUGGCUGAAAGUCAGACGCAGACGACAGAUGUUUGUGAGGAAACUUCCGCGGACGAUGGAACAAAAUCUCUUCCAAAAAGUUCAGAAAAAGAAGCGAAGAUAGCUCCAACGGAAGAUUCUGAACUAGACGAGAUUUUAAAUAGUGCUUUAGAAGACUUUGGAAAGAAUAAAGAAUUAGCUGCACAGCAAAAAGCACCAACACAGCAAGCAGUGGGUGCUGCAGGUGGAGCCUGUGCAGCAUCUGAGGUUUCUUCCCAAGACCCAACAUCAGCUGAGUUUGCCGAAGAAUUUUCAACAGAAUUAGCAGCACAGUUUGAAGAAGCAAUGAAGUCGUUUUUGUCUCAUGAUCCACACAUGUUGGAGCAGAUAGAAAAGCUGGCAGAAGCAGCUGGAAAUGCAGGAGACUCGGCUGAGGCUCAGCAACACUUUGCAUCCACAUUGUCCCAGACUCUAUCAGACCUUGCACAAAAUGCAGAAGGGAUAGAGCUGGGGGAGGAGGAGCUGGCCAAGGCAUGGGGAGCAGGGGCAGAGGGACAGGCAGAAGAUUUGAUGCCCAUGAUGCAGGGCUUGAUGCAGUCCCUUCUCUCUAAAGAUAUCCUGUACCCAUCACUCAAAGAAAUCUCUAGCAAGUAUCCAGAAUAUCUUGGAGCCAAUGAAUCCAGUCUGGAUGCUACUCAGCUAGAUAUGUACCGCAAGCAGUAUGAGCUUAUGACUUCCAUCUGCACCCUUUUUGAGGAAGAAUCCCCAGAGGACACACAAGAGCAAAAGUCCCAGCGAUUUGAGAAACUUAUUGAUCUCAUGCAACAGAUGCAAGAGCUGGGACAGCCACCGAAAGAAAUUGUGGGAGAAAUGGCACCAGGACUAGAGUUUGAUGAGAAUGGGAUGCCCAAGAUGCCUGGUGUGGGCAGUCAGUGCAGCUUGAUGUAAACUGGUGUCUUCAUCAGAAUGCAAAGCUGGUUGCAUUCUGGUUGAAGAUGGAUUGUUGACACUUUAUGCUGUACUGCUACGUGACAGGUCAAACUGUAUUGAAAUCAAAUUUACCCUCACAGAAGCCAACUUUGAGCCUGUGUGCCAUAGGCUGUGACAUGGGAUUACAGAAUCCUGCACGAGAGUGUGCACAGUACACAUCUUUUAAGCAUUUAGCUGGUAUGAAAUUUUAUUCUUGGGUGGGUGAUAUUUCUAGCAGGGCCUUUGAAGACAUGCUUUUUCAGAUCAUACAUAUUUUUAAGCAUGUGGAAGUAUUUGCAUGCAUGAAUGUUCAUGCAUGUGAUCUCUCUGGUGUGCAACAAGAUUUUGAGGAAACAAGCAGUUCAAUUGCCAUCUGACAAACUAUGCUUUAUGCUGAUGAGAACUCAAGUGAUAGAAUGUUCUGGAUGGAUGUGUUUUAGGGGAAACCAUGAUGAUGUUACCAUUAGAUAUCCCUACACAUUGCUGGGUUUUUAAAUCUUGGACUAUCACUUUUGCUUCUUUUUUUUUAUCCUGGCAUGUAGAGGGUUAAGCCUAAGACUAUUGUGCUUAAAAAUUUUGUCUUGGCCUGUUCCUCUGUUGUUGUUGCUUUUCACAGUACAUUGUUCAGGUCCUGCAAAGACCUUAUAAAAAUCAAAAUGCAAUUACC